AGGGCGCUGCGCGGGGCGGAGCCUGUGGCCCUGGCGCGGCUGUGGGUACAUAUUUUCGCAUUCGGAUUGUUGCUCUGUAGUUUCCCGGCUCGCGAAAGGGAGGACCCAGUUUGAGUCAUGGAUUUUGAGAAUCUUUUCUCAAAACCCCCCAACCCGGCCCUCGGCAAAACGGCCACGGAUUCUGACGAAAGAAUCGUUGAUGAAGUAGAUGUUGCAGGAGUUGAAGAAACACAAGAAGAGAAAUCUAAACAGGAGUGCGAGCAAAUUUCAAAAAAAUUCAGACACUUUGGAAACUCUGCAAUAUCACCAAAAAGUUCACUGCAUAGAAAAUCAAGAAGUAAGGACUAUGAUGUAUAUAGUGAUAAGGAUAUCUGCAAUCAGGAACCAGAAGAUAAUUUUGCCAAAGAGCUUCAGCAAUACAUACAAGCCAGAGAAAUGGCAAAUGCUGCUCAACCUGAAGAAUCUAUGAAGAAAGAAGGAGUAAAAGAUACUCCACAGGCUGCUAAACAAAAAAAUAAAAACCUUAAAGCUGGUCACAAAAAUGGCAAACAGAAGAAAAUGAAGCGAAAAUGGCCUGGCACUGGAAGCAAAGGAUCAAAUUCACAGGAAGAGGAUGGUAAACCUAAAGAGAAGCAGCAGCAUUUGAGUCAGGCAUUCAUCAACCAACAUACAGUGGAACGCAAGGGAAAACAAAUUUGUAAAUAUUUUCUUGAAAGAAAAUGUAUUAAGGGAGACCAGUGUAAAUUUGAUCAUGAUGCAGAGAUAGAGAAGAAAAAGGAAAUGUGUAAGUUUUAUGUACAAGGAUAUUGUACCAGAGGUGAAAACUGUCUGUAUUUGCAUAAUGAAUAUCCUUGUAAGUUUUACCAUACAGGAACAAAAUGUUAUCAGGGAGAAUAUUGCAAGUUUUCUCAUGCUCCAUUGACUCCUGAAACACAAGAAUUGUUGGCUAAAGUUUUGGAUACUGAAAAGACAUCAUGUAAAUAAAAUAGACAUAAAAAGGUAGCAUUGUACAGAUGAUGAGUAUUUACACCCAUGCCUGUUCAAGACUGUUCAAGACUGGUGAUUUGGAAUAGUUUACAACAUUCCUCAGUCAGAGUGCCCUCUUGUGUGAUUGGGAUGAUGUGCGGCUUCCAUAAUGGAUGGGACAGAGAGCUGGGAUCUAAUGUACAAGUGAAGGGCUUGGUCUUCACUGAGACAUUCCACCCAUUGGAAUAGGAGAGGAGCAUAUAUGGCAGAGAGGCUGGCUGGUGGGUAAAUGUCAUAGUAAAUUGUAGAAACCUCUUCUGAUUGAUUGGAUUUCCUUAGUGAAAUAGGAAGCAAGGUUAGGCUGAGUGAGGGUGGGUGACAAGGUAGAGGAGUUUGAGGAGAGCUUGGUAGAUGGAUCGUAAAAGCAAGAGUUAGUUCUCUUUAUGUCAUUAAAUACUUUCACAACAAAGUUUCAAUGGUCGUUCACAAUUUCAUUUUAUGGCUUAAAUUACGGUUCUGUGAUUUUUUAAAAACUAGUUUCCUAUUGUUAGACAUUUAUUUCCAGUUUCUUACCAUUAUAAAUAAAGUGAAACAAUAUCUCUUACUAUACCACUUCUA